AUGAAGAUGAGACCUUUUUCUGUCUCCAAGAGCUCAGUAGGGACCCCCCUUCUUGGUUACACCAUAAUCUUCAUUUCUCUUCUUGUUCACAAGUCAGACUCAGCACACUUUUCAGUGAUUGGGCCCAAUCACCCUGUCACCGCUUCUGUAGGUGAUGAAGUCACAUUAGCCUGUCACCUGUCACCCAGGAUGAGUGCUGAGAACAUGGAGGUGAGAUGGUUCCGGGGUCAGUUGUCUUCAGUUGUGCACCUGUACCGUGAAGGGAAGGAUCAGUAUGCGGAGCAGAUGUCAGAAUAUCGGCGAAGGACAGAGUUUCUGAAAGAGGACCUGGCUGAUGGAAGAGUUGCCUUGAGGAUAGGCGAUAUCAGACUCUCUGAUUCAGGGCUGUACAAGUGUUUCUUUCGAUCAGAGUUCUCAUAUCAAGAAGCUGCAUUGGAACUACAGGUAUCAGUUUCAGGUACUAAUCCCCUGAUCUCUGUUGAGAGUUACCAGGAUGGAGGUAUCCGAAUGGUGUGUCGAUCCGGAGGAUGGUAUCCAGAGCCUCAGUCACUGUGGAAGGAUCUCAAAGGACAGCCUCUCUCAUCAUUGCCUGCAAAAUGCUUCCGUGAUGAAAAUGGCCUGUUUCAGACUGAAUCUGUACUUAUUGUAACAAAAAAUUCCAAUCGGAAUCUGACCUGCACAAUCAGAAACAACAUCCUGAACCAAGAAGAAGUAUCAAGCAUUUAUAUAGCAGAUUCUUUUUUCCCAAAGGUCUCCUAUGUGAUGGUGAUUCGCCUGUCACUAAACCUGUUGGUUUUGGGGUUUUUCAUUCCUUUGACUAUUUACUAUAUAUGCAAGCAACACAAAGAAAAAGAUUCUCUGCAAUCUAAAUUGAAAGACUUUGAAGUGAAUGUGACUCUGGAUUGAGAAACAGCACAUCCUGAACUCCUGGUGUCAGAUGACCUCAAAAGUGUGAAAUGUGCAGACAUAACAGGGGAACAACCUGAAAAUCUGGAUAUUGUUGAUUCUUAUCGCUGUGUCCUGAGCUCUGAGAGAUUUAACUCUGGGAGACAUUAUUGGGAAGUGGAGCUUAAGAACAAGACUAUGUGGCACUUGGGCAUUUGUGCUGACUCAGAAAACAGGGAGAGGUACAAAAAUAUAGCACCUGAAGGUGGAUACUGGGCCAUAAGGUUGUGGAAUGGAGAAUACAAAGCCCUCUCCACUCCUCGGACAAGAAUCACCUUGGAAAUGAA